AUGCCGAGGCAGCAGCAGGAGCAGCAACAGCAGCAGGAGCAGCAACAGCAGCAACAAAAGCAGCAGCUGCAGGAGCAGCAGCAGCAAAAGCAGCAAUUGCAGAAGCAGCAGCAGCAGCAGCAGCAGCAGCAGCAUGCAACAGCAACUGCAGCUGAAAGCGAAGCUACCCAUACGGAAGGUAAUACUGCUGCUGCUGCAGCUCCGACGGUCUUAGGCUCCGCAUCUGCUGCUGCUGCUGCUCCUGCUGCUGCUGCUGCUGCUGCUGAUGCAGGUGCUGCAAACGCUGCAGCACAAUCUCCUUCUACCCCUGAAGCUGCUGCAGCCGCUGCACCGCAGGCUGCUGCUGCUGCAGCUGCUUCUGUAUCAGGUAGCCAGCAGGACACGCAGCAGCAGCAGCAGCAGCAGCAACAGCAGCAGCAGCAGCAGCAGCAGAACAGCAGCAGCGCGCAGCCACAUGAUGACUCUGCUGCUUCGCCUGCUGCCUGCAGCACGAACGAUGUGCAGCAACAGCAACAGCAGCAACCGUCCGAGCCAAGCAGCAGCAGCAGCAGCAGCAGCAUGGCAACAGCUACUGAAGAUACCGGCACUGUCCAGGAGCAGCAAACGGAAAGGAAGCAACAGCAGGAGCAGGAGCAGCAGCAGCAGCAGCAGGAGCAGCAGCAGCGGCAGCAGCAGCAGCACGAUCGUGAAGGCCCUUCUGCACAGGAAGAGGCGGCAGCGGCAGCAGCGCGGGAGCCCGGCGGAAUCGCAGCAGCAGCAGCAGCAGCAGCAGCAGCCGUUUCUCACGUUUUGUAG